CUUAAAUGCAUAACCCCCAACCUUCCCUAUUUAAACCCACCACCGUCACCAUCUCCACUUCAUUUCUAUCUUUUUUUCUGUAUCUCGCCAAUGCCCACAAUGAAGAAGAUUACCUCAUCAAUCCUUUCGCCCUUAGCGGUUGCAGCCCUCCUCCUGUCCACCCUGGUCCUCGCCGGGGCGGACCGGGAGGAGACCGCUAACGGCUUCGAGGAAGAGCUCAGGAGGGCGAACCGCGGCCCCAACUCCGAUGGAGACCCUUACGGAGGUAUACCCGGCGGUUUCUUCCCCGGUGGCGGUUUUCCAUUCCCCGGCUUCGGCCCCGGGAUGGGCGGCGGGUACGGCGCCGGGUUCGGUGGACCUGGUGGCGGAUACUCCCGCGGCGGCAUCUACCGCCCUACGGUUACCUGCAACACUCCCGGGCCGUGUUACAGGAAGAGGCUGGCCUGCCCAGCGAGCUGCUUUGGGUCGUUCAGCGGGUCGGGCAAGGGAUACGGCUACGGCGGCGGCGGCGGUGGGUGCACCAUCGACUGCAGGAAGAAGUGUAUUGCUUACUGUUAAGGGAGAGCCACGGUGGUGGUUUCCCAGCCGCCGGGAUACCGGUUGGUGGUUUGGGGGGCGCGAUUCGUGGUUAGUGGUAAUGCUACGUACUGUUGGCCUUUCGGUUUCUGUCUCCUUCGUUCUCUCGAUUGGCUGAGUUUUAUGAUGUCUGUAAAUCUAAAGCUUUCGGUGUUGCUUUGACGUUUGGAUCCUUCUUGUAGUGACUUUGGUUUGCCUCCGCUGUUAUGACCAUAUGAUAUAUCUUUACAUGGACACGACGCUAGCUCUUAUAUAUGGAAUAAAUGGUUUAUUAUUAUCACCUA